GGUUGCAAAAAUCUUUUUUGUUGUCACCGUACGUAAAAAUAAGUUUAAAAAAAACUCCAUUCAGAGUGCGCAUUUCGCGAAGUUUCGUCAUGUUUGAUGAAAAGUUACUUAAACUUUAAAUUAAAGUGAAAUGAUCUUUUGGGUGGAAAGCUGACAGCCUUCCCGUUGUUUUGAAUGCGUAACAAAUCAAAACAAACGCUACGGAAGGGUAGAAAAUCCAACCAGAAUUGACUAUAAAGGUGUAGAAAAUGGCUGAUUCCGUAAUUUCCAACCGGUACAAGGACUGUAUGCCUUGUCGUUUGGUUAGCGGGUUCGGAGUGAUCGGUAUGGGAGUGUACCUUGCGCUGCAAGCACGGAAACGAACUCACACGCUAGGCCGGUACAGCAUGUUUGGAAUCGCAGCAGUCGCUGGAAGCAUAGGCAUUUCCCGCUUGCUAGACGUUUACCCUUUUGGCGAUAGAACGCAGAAGUAGUUCGAGUUUACUGUUCGUAAAAUAAAAAGUUCCCUCACACAUAUCGA